GUCACGACGCAGGGGGCACGCAGCGCAGGGGGCGGGGUCCCAGGUCUAGAGGAGGAGGGCCGUAGCGGAGGCUCCCGGGCGCUCUGCAGGGAGACUCCGCGCCCCGCCAGCCAUGUUCCGCUACCAGUCUCUUGAGGACUGCCCUUUAGAUGAAGAUGAUGAAGCAUUUCAUAAUUUGGCUGAGGAAGAUGAAGAUAUUGACCAGUUCAAUGAUGACACAUUCGGAGCUGGUGCAGUUGACGAUGACUGGCAAGAAGCCCAUGAAAGGCUGGCAGAGCUGGAAGAAAAGCCUGCAUCCUCAGGAGAUCAAGUGGACCGGGGAGUCACUGAUGAAAUGGACCUGUUGGGGGACCAUGAGGAGAAUCUGGCUGAGAGGCUGAGCAAGAUGGUGAUUGACAAUGAGCUGGAAGACCCAGCCAUCAUGCAAGCUGUGCAAACCCAGCCCCUGGUGCAGCAGUCAAGUGGCCUCAAUUCAAGCAUCUGGGAUGGGCCUUCAGUUCUCAGACGCAUUAGAGGGCCUCUUCUCACUCAGGAGGUGCCCUCUGUGUCGGUGCUGGAAUAUGCCCUACCCCAUAGGCCUGCCCAGGCCCAGGAAGAGGAGCAGGAUGUUUCGGAGCGGGCGCUGCCUAGGCGGUCAUCCUCACCAGUCAUCGGCAGUCCUCCUGUUAGGGCUGUUCCUAUUGGGACCCCACCUAAGCAGCCCACCAUGCCCAAUUUUAACCAGCAGAUCUUGUGUCCAAAGCCUGUUCACAUCAGAGUCCCAAUUCAGCAACGUUACCCAAGUCCCUUCAGUGAGAGGAUGUCUCCAAACCAACUCUGCAAUGUGACGAAUUCCUCCCUCCUGGGCCACCCCUUCCCUCCCAGCGUUACACCUGUUCUCACCCACCUUCAAAGAGCACAGCUGCUAGGAGGAGCACAGGCUGGUAGGAUGUCUCCCAGCCAGUUUGCACGGGUCUCUGGCCUUGUUAGCAGCCCUCUUGCAUCCAUGAACCCUAAACUCCUCCAAGGCAGAGCCGGGCAGAUGAUUCCUCCAACCAGUGGUUUCCAUGCAUUCUUUGGGGCACCGCCUACACCAUCAUCACAACAUCACUCCCCAUGUCCUGGAGCUCACUUGCAGAACCUAAGGCCUCAGCCGCAGAUGUUCAGGCCAGAUACUACCCACCUUCACCCACAGCACCGACGACUCUUACACCAGAGGCAGCAGCAAAAUAGGAGUCAGCAUCGGAAUUUAAAUGGGUCAGCUGGGGACCGAGGGAAUCAUCGAAAUAACCACCAGGAGCAGAUCAGGAAGGAUCCAUAUGCGAAUCUCAUGCUGCAGCGGGAAAAGGAUUGGGUAUCCAAGAUCCAGAUGAUGCAACUGCAAAGCACUGAUCCAUACUUGGAUGACUUUUACUAUCAGAACUAUUUUCAGAAACUAGAAAAGUUGUCUGCAGCUGAAGAUAUGCAUGGUGAUGGUCCUAAAAAAGAACGCACUAAGCUGAUCACCCCACAAGUUGCAAAGUUAGAGCAUGCCUAUAAGCCAGUGCAGUUUGAAGGCUCACUGGGGAAACUCACAGUCUCUAGUGUGAAUAACCCCCGGAAAAUGAUUGAUGCUGUUAUGACGCCGCGAGGUGAAGAAGAUGAGACAAAAGAGAAGCAAGUUCGAGAUAAAAGGCGUCAGACUCUCUUCACGAUUGAGAAGACAUACAGCCUCCUCCUGGAUGUAGAAGACUAUGAGAGGCGCUACCUCUUAAGCCUGGAGGGUGAUAGGCUAGCCUUGAUGGAGGACAGGAAGCAAAAGAUCUGUGACAUGUAUGACAAUCUAAGGGGGAAAAUGCCUAACCAGGAAAGUAGGCUGAGUGAUGACCCUUUUGUGCAAGUUAUGUGUAUACGAAAAGGAAAGCGUCUGGUUGGCCGGAUCUUGUCCUUCUUGUCUACUGAGCAAGCAGCAGACAUACUCAUGGCAACAGCCAGGAACUUGCCCUUCCUAAUCAAGAAGGAUGUUCAGGAUGAGGUGCUACCUUGUUUACUGAGGCCCUUCUCACUGGUUCUCUAUCAUCUUCCACUGGGAACUGUGGCAGGCAUCCUGCAGCAGCUAAUGAACCUACCUCAGAACACAACAGCAGCUCCAUCUGCCAACCAGCAUCUCACAGUUGUGCUACAGAACAAGUUUGGCCUCUCUCUUCUGUACUUGGUGUUGAGCCGUGGAGAAGAAUUGCAGAGUUCUGACUCUAAUGCAGACCACAUGCAAGACAACCAGUGGACAGAGCUGAUGUUCAUGGCAAUCCGAGAGCUUCUACGGAUCCCUCAGGCAUCCUUGGCCAAGCCAGUGUCUACCCCCUCUAAUCUCUUAUCACUCUUCUCUCGCUAUGUUGAUCGGCAGAAGCUGAAUGUGCUAGAAACAAAGUUGCAGUUGAUUCAAGGAAUACGGUAGAAGGCCUCAAAGUUCUGUCUUGCUGGUGUCCUUCAUUGCUGCCACCUCCAGAGUAUUUUAGUGGGCAAAAAGAAGGCAGUGCCUUCUCAGAAUAAAUCCUUGUGGGAUUAUGCCUCUCUGUCCUAGCACGGAAAAUUGCUCUCUUGCUCUGAGCUUGGCUAGGGACAUGCUUCCCUUACUCGUUGCCAGUUUGCAGUUGUGCAUGUCCUUGCUGCAUCAAAUACACCCCUGGCCUUCCCUUCCCUUCACCCUUUCACAGUGGCUUUUCUCCCUAAACAAACCCCAUUCUCCCCACCAGAGUAUUGACUGAUUGGUAGAGAGAAUAACUCUGCUUUCCUGCCUCCUUGAAAACACUGGCUGUGGGACAGGAACCUAGCUGUAUCCCUUUAAUGAGGAAAUGGAGAAAAUAGCAGCCUCUGUCUCUCCUCUGUGUUGGAGAGUUUAAAUGAUUGGAAGCCCUUCUGAUUAGCCCACUGGUGAGUGUGUUUUUCUGCUCUUCCAGUGUCAGAUGCCAUACUAUAGUAUUGCCCCACUCUUUACAAAGUGAUCCACCUUUCUAAACCUUGUGAUGAAGCAGCAUCAUCUUUGCACAUUUGUCUCGUCUUCCUGAACUCAUUUUCUAGCUGAGCUGUGUCUCUGACCUACACCUUGCUUCAAGCUCCAGCUGGCUGAGAUCCCCAUAGACUAACCAAUAAGGUACCAGGAAUUAAUUAACCUGGAAUGGAUUAAUUUAGUGAAUUACAAUAUUAUAUAUACACUGCUAGGUCCUGCUGGUUUUUGCUCUUUUUUAUUUGAAUGUGGUGGGUUUUUAAAUUUUUACUCUGCUUUUAAAAACAAUUUGCACAUGUAGGUAUUCUCCAACAAGUAAACUCUUGUUACUAAUGCUGCCUCUCAGUAUUCUCAGUAUUCUCUUUCCAUUUCCCUUUCUCUUCUCUAAAAUCCCAAUUUCUAACUUUUCCACCACUUCCUUUCCUUUACAUCUCUUAGCCUUUCUUGAUCCCUUCCUCCACCUCUACUUUCUGAAGUACACAUGACUGGGUGGCCCAUUACUAUUAUUAUUAUUAUUAUUGUGCUUUUACUUUUUGGUUUGGUUAUGAUUAAUGACAAAUUUCUAAAUUUACAUUUUUAUAGGGUAUUGUAAAUAAAAAAUGUAUACUUGUG